AGCUCGGCGCGUAUCUGCGUUUACAACGAAGACAUUUUAUGCGGCGACGAGAAGCGCGUAACAAACGUGCAGAACAGUCGAGAGAUAUCUUUGCGAUUCUUUCGCGCGGAUUAGUCGUGUUUCUCAAGCAAAACUUAAAGUUAGAAAUAGAAGAGCUUAUGGAAGCUUAAUGACAGGCAUUAGAUUAGACAACGAGCAUGAAUUAUUCACAAAAACGUUAGUGUCUUCGAAAAUCCUUUAUUACAUUCUUAAUGUUUGAUAAUGUGUAUUUUUGCUUUGAAUAGACUUUAAUAUAUAUAUUUUUUUUAAUUAGAAUCAGUGUCUUUUGUUUGUCGCGUAUAUACCCACUGUUGCUCACUACUUAUUUUUAUUUCGUUUUGACAAGAGCAACAUGUGACACAUAGUGCGAGUGGCAUGUUGGCAAAAAAUUUUCAAGUGGGCCGUCAAAUUCUGAAUUAUAUUGCGAGAAAUUCGUUACCCAUUCUUCACUUCAGUAAGAAAGUGUCACGAAAAGGCAAAUUUAUUGAGUGGACAGAGAAUAAGAUUCGUUUAACCCCCGAACAAUACCGGAAGAAGCUCGAGCAAUGCCCGAAACCGUCGUUCGUACAACUCUGCUGUAAAAAGUUGUUUUCCAAGCCUAAGCCUAAAUGCAAGGCAGAUACAGCUGGUGACGUUUAUAUAAAGACGCGACAAUCCCUAAAGCUCCGUAUUAAAGAUUUGAUAAAAUUCGUGGACGAUGAGUCGCAACUGAUUUCAAACGAUGUAAAGAGUCGUUUGGACAGCAGCAAGGCCGUUCGUGCGACUCAGCUGGAGAAUUUCUUCGAGAAGACGACGAAAAAGUUGGACGAAAUAAUUAAGUUGGACGUUUCUUACGGCUGCUGGAUGCGAAAGGAAACGUUAUUACUCAAUGACGAGAUAAGGCGAUCUUUUGAUGCUCUGGAACGAGCGAUCGAUCUAAACGAGAAGCGCAUUGCGAUUAUGCUGAAGAAAUUGCGAAGUGAUGUGUUGACUUGCGUCGAGAACGCGGAGAGACGUCUCGUCGUGUGUCGCAAGCACGGUCUUCCUUCCGAUCUCACGAAAUGCACGAAGACACAGUUCGACGAAGCGACGAGAACGCUUGAUUGGAUGAACGAGGAAGCGCGUCGUAAGUUCAAGGAGAUCGCCAAGUUUCGCGAAACGAUCCUGAGAGCGCACGAGACGACGGCGCGGGAAACGAUGCAGAUAAACUGUAAAAAAACUGCCAAUUUUUUAAAGUAUCUGGAAAAAUGUAUCGUCCAGCUGAAGAAGUCGAAGAAGUCGCAGAAGAACAAUUGAGAAACAGACAAACAACAUGAUCAAGCUAUUAAACAAACUCUAGAAAUGCAAUUCUAACACCAAUAAGUGAAAUGAAA